GCCUCUCCAUCUCCAUCUUUGUUCUCUUUCUCACUAUCUCUCGACAUCUGUCAAAUGAUACAACCAGGUCUUGAGCGUAUCCAUCGUCUCUUGGCCAACACUCCUCUUACCUGGAAGGCCAUCCACGUCGCCGGCACCAAUGGCAAAGGUUCCAUCUGCGCGGCCCUCUCGGCCAUGCUGCAUGCCUCUGGGGUCCGAUGUGGUCGUUUUACCUCACCUCACCUGAUUGACAGAUGGGACUGCAUUAACAUCAGCGAGACACCCGUAACCAAAAAACUCUUCCAACAGGUCGAGGCUGAUCUACGCCGUCUUGACCAGGAGCAUAGCAUCAAGGCUUCUGAGUUCGAACUACUGACCGCUACUGCAUUCCGUAUCUUUAAUAGUGAGAAUCUGGAUUUCGCUGUCGUUGAAGUAGGCAUGGGAGGUCUACUUGAUGCUACUAAUAUCAUCACGAAGCCGUCCGUAACUAUAAUCUCCAAAAUAAGCCUAGAUCACCAAAACUUUCUCGGCAACACUGUGGAAGAGAUCGCCUUCCAGAAAGCUGGGAUAAUCAAAAGGGGUGUUCCUUGCAUCGUAGAUGGUAAUAAUACUCCAACAGUGCUAGAUGUAAUUCGAAAGCAGGCAAUGAUCCUAGAGGCGCCCUUGAUUGUACGCAAAUCUCUUCCUCACUUCGAAUCCAAUGAUCAGCACUGGAAAUCGUUUAAAGAGAGAAAAUACCUUCAAUAUCAAAGCACAAACCUUGGUCUCGCUUAUCAGGCUCUCGUCACAGCAUAUCAAAGUAUACAGCAGCAGCCGCCAUCGCCAUCCAUCCUCGGAACAAUUCCUCCCGAUCACUGGCCUGGCCGAACGCAAAAUAUCUCAAUUCAAAAUCUGACUGAGCGAGAGAACCCUGUUUUGAUUGAUGGAGCCCACAAUGUCGACUCUGCGCUCGUACUGAAGCAAUAUGUUCCGGAAGACCGACCUGUUACAUGGCUGGUGAGCAUGUCUCAGGGCAAAAAUUCUCGAGAGAUAUUAAAACAUCUGCUGAGAGAUGGUGAUUCUCUGGUGGCAGUUAAGUUCGGUGCAGUCGACGGUAUGCCCUGGGUCAAGGCCAUGGAACCGAAAGAACUUUGCGAGGUAGCUGGUCAGGUUGCGUCUCUGUCGCAACUCAUCGAUGGAAGCCAAGACGUUCACGCAGCAAUCCAUAAAGCAGCACAAAUUUCCCAGGAAGGUAACAUGAUCAUUACCGGUAGCCUGUAUCUUGUAUCCGAUGUUCUGCGACUCAAGAGAGACCACUCUGUAUCGGGGGCUCUUCCAGCAACUCCGACCUUCGGGCCAGAACACUUCAUGAGCAAUGAUAUUAAAACAUGGCGUUGGGACUGAUCGUAAACGGAUAAAUGUAUCAUUGAUCUUCAUAGAAUAUCAAAUAUGAUUUUGACAUGCCUCGCUG